GUGGCCGCCGAGCCGCCCACGUCGCCCCACCCUCUUCCUCCCCGAGACAAUCCCCACGCAACCGCGCACCGGGAGCCGGAUGAAACGGAACUAGCGGAGGGGGAGAAAAAUCUGCGACCCGUCCGCCUCGCCAGUGUGCUCGCCUACUUAUACACUCCGCUCACUCCCUCCAUCCCCUAGCUCCGCGGCCUCGCUCCCUUCCCCUCUCUCGGCUCCGGUCCACGCAGACAGUGAGCAAAGAUGGCGCCGCCAUCUAUGAGCCUUGCUGCAAAGGGUGUGCUUCCCUUCUCAGCCCUUACUUCAAGCGGCGUUACGCAAAGGCCAGUGUCAGUGACUGCUUCCUUGGACAAGACCAGCGAUGCCAGAAGGAAGUUCCUAAAGCUUGCGCUUGGGAACCUUGGUGUUGGGCUGCCCACCCUGUUGGGUGCUAAGAAAGCUCUUGCUGAUGAGCAAGGCGUCUCUUCCUCAAGGAUGUCUUACUCGAGGUUCCUUGAGUAUCUUGACAAGGAUAGAGUGAAGAAGGUUGAUUUGUUUGAGAAUGGGACCAUUGCUAUCGUGGAGGCCAUUUCUCCUGAGCUUGGCAAUCGCGUGCAGAGGGUCCGUGUGCAGCUUCCGGGUCUAAGCCAGGAGCUUCUUCAGAAGUUGAGGGAAAAGAACAUUGAUUUUGCUGCACACAGCAACCAGGAGGACUCUGGUUCUCUUCUGUUCAACCUUAUCGGAAAUUUGGCAUUCCCCCUUAUCCUUAUUGGCGGUCUAUUUUUGCUGUCAAGAAGGGCACAAGGUGGCCUUGGUGGACCCAAUGGUCCUGGCUUUCCCCUUGGUUUUGGUCAAUCUAGGGCCAAGUUUCAGAUGGAACCCAACACCGGUGUUACAUUUGAUGAUGUUGCUGGCGUUGAUGAAGCAAAGCAAGACUUCAUGGAAGUGGUCGAGUUCUUGAAGAAACCUGAAAGGUUCACUGCUGUUGGUGCUCGCAUUCCUAAAGGUGUUCUUCUUGUUGGUCCACCUGGAACUGGUAAAACUUUGCUUGCCAAGGCAAUCGCGGGAGAGGCUGGUGUGCCAUUUUUCUCAAUUUCAGGCUCUGAGUUUGUGGAGAUGUUUGUUGGUGUUGGUGCUUCCAGAGUUCGUGAUCUUUUCAAGAAGGCCAAGGAGAAUGCUCCUUGCAUAGUGUUUGUUGAUGAAAUUGAUGCUGUCGGUAGGCAAAGAGGUACAGGUAUUGGUGGUGGAAAUGAUGAAAGGGAGCAAACUCUCAACCAACUGUUGACUGAGAUGGAUGGUUUUGAGGGAAACACUGGAAUUAUUGUUAUUGCUGCCACUAACAGAGCUGACAUCUUGGAUUCUGCUUUACUUAGGCCUGGACGCUUUGACAGACAGGUGUCUGUCGAUGUUCCUGAUGUCCGUGGAAGGACAGAGAUUCUGAAAGUGCACGGUGGCAACAAGAAGUUUGAUCAUGAUGUUUCUCUUGAUGUCAUAGCAAUGAGAACACCUGGGUUCAGUGGAGCAGACUUGGCAAACCUUCUGAAUGAAGCAGCCAUACUGGCAGGCCGACGUGGGAAGACAGCAAUUUCUUCAAAAGAGAUUGAUGAUUCAAUUGACAGAAUAGUGGCUGGCAUGGAAGGAACUGUGAUGACUGAUGGGAAGAGCAAGAGUCUUGUUGCUUACCAUGAAGUUGGGCAUGCGAUUUGUGGAACUUUGACACCUGGCCAUGAUCCCGUCCAAAAGGUUACCUUAGUUCCAAGGGGUCAAGCUCGUGGUCUUACAUGGUUUAUCCCGAUGGAUGACCCAACACUGAUCUCCAGGCAGCAACUCUUUGCGAGAAUUGUUGGCGGUCUUGGUGGUAGAGCUGCUGAGGAGAUUAUAUUUGGAGAGCCUGAGGUGACUACCGGAGCUGCCGGUGAUUUGCAGCAAAUUACCGGCUUGGCGAAGCAGAUGGUCGUAACUUUCGGUAUGUCUGAGAUCGGCCCAUGGUCUCUGAUGGAGGGUGGAGCACAGAGUGGGGAUGUCAUCAUGAGAAUGAUGGCAAGGAACUCCAUGUCGGAGAAGCUCGCAGAGGACAUCGAUUCGGCAGUGAAGCAGUUGUCAGAUGAGGCCUAUGAGAUUGCUUUGAUGCACAUUAGGAACAACAGGGAGGCAAUUGACAAGAUCGUUGAGGUGCUUAUCGAGAAGGAGACAUUGAACGGAGACGAGUUCCGGGCAAUUCUUUCUGUUGUGGAGAUCCCUGUCGAGAACCGGGUUCCCCCAGCUACACCGGCGGCGGCUCUCCCCGCCUAAACUCUAGUUUUUUUAGGGACGAUGUUUGUUGUUGUAAGAUGUUCAUAUUUUGGAUUCUUGGUAUACACUAACUCUACUUCACCAGCCGGAUUUUUGGUACACUACAUGUAACUUACUCAUGGUGAAUUAUAGUAACUGUAAUUAGCUUAAAAGGCUCUGCGCAACAUUUUAAGUUUCUAGCU